CAACGGUGUUCAUUCAUAAGAAUACCGGCACGUCUAUCUUUGGCUUCUUUGCUCGCGCUGCGUGUGCGCGUAAAAGGGAGAGAGUAGAGAGAGAAAGAAAGUAGAAGACAGGGUUUCUCCAACUUCCCAUCUCAGUUCCUCAGCAGUAGAAAAAGAGCAUAAACUUGGUGGGUUUUCUUUUGCUUCCUUCUUACGCAUAUCAAGAGGAAGUGAUCCGAUCCGAUCCAAUCUACGGAAGUUGUGGGCUGGUUGGAACUCAACUUAAAUUUCUAGUUGCAAAUAAAAUCUCAGGGUGGCUGAUGGUAGAAAAUUGUGUUCAUUGCUAUGCAGAUUUGAUUUUAAAUGCAUUUCUAAGAGUAGCUCAGAUCAACUAAGUACUUUCUCCAACACUUGGUCUGUGUUAUUUUUGGUCGAUUCCAAUGGGAUUAUCGAAUCCAAGAGCGCCCUCAAUGUUCUGGGCUUCUCUCUUUUUGGUUCUACUAGUUCAUGCCUGCAAUGGGUUUUAUCUCCCUGGAAGUUACAUGCACACUUAUUCCAAAGGGGAUAAGAUCUAUGCCAAAGUUAAUUCCUUAACUUCUAUUGAGACUGAGCUUCCUUUUAGCUAUUACAGUCUCCCUUACUGCCCACCAGAAGGGGGUAUAAAGAAAAGUGCUGAGAAUCUUGGCGAGCUUCUUAUGGGAGAUCAGAUCGACAACUCCCCAUACCGUUUCCGGAUGAAUGUCAACGAGACUGUCUAUCUUUGUACUACAAAAGCUUUGAAUGAGAAUGAGGUCAAGCUCUUGAAACAGAGAACACGGGAUCUGUAUCAAGUUAAUAUGAUUCUGGAUAAUUUGCCAGCCAUGAGGUAUGCCACGCAAAAUGGAGUUAAGAUUCAAUGGACUGGUUAUCCUGUUGGAUAUACUCCACCAGAUAGUAAUGAUGAUUACAUCAUCAACCACCUUAAGUUUACUGUCUUGAUCCAUGAGUAUGAAGGGAGUGGUGUAGAGAUAAUUGGAACUGGGGAAGAAGGUAUGGCUGUAAUUUCUGAAUCUGACAAGAAGAAAGCGUCUGGAUUUGAGAUAGUGGGAUUUGUGGUCAACCCCUGCAGCGUUAAACAUGACCCAGAAGCCAUGACAAAGCACAAAAUGUAUGAUAAUAUCUCACCUGUAAGCUGCCCUCAGGAGCUUGAAAAGUCUCAGAUAAUAAGGGAGCAUGAAAAAGUGUCCUUCACUUAUGAGGUUGAAUUUGUUAAAAGUGAUAUAAGAUGGCCAUCAAGAUGGGAUGCUUAUUUGAAGAUGGAGGGUGCCCGUGUGCAUUGGUUCUCUAUCCUAAAUUCAUUAAUGGUUAUAUUUUUCCUUGCUGGUAUUGUUUUUGUUAUAUUCCUGAGGACUGUGAGAAGGGAUUUAACUAGGUAUGAAGAAUUGGACAAAGAAGCUCAAGCUCAGAUGAAUGAGGAGCUUUCUGGGUGGAAGCUUGUUGUGGGAGAUGUGUUCAGAGAGCCAGAUCACUCAAAGCUUCUUUGUGUGAUGGUUGGAGAUGGGGUUCAGAUUACAGGAAUGGCAGUUGUUACAAUUAUUUUUGCAGCCUUUGGUUUCUUGUCUCCUGCUUCACGAGGAAUGCUACUGACUGGAAUGAUUAUUCUUUACCUUUUCCUUGGAAUUAUAGCUGGGUAUGUUGGUGUACGUCUGUGGAGAACUCUGAAAGGCACUUCAGAAGGAUGGAGGUCAGUUUCGUGGUCGGUUUCUUGCUUCUUCCCUGGAAUUGUUUUUGUUAUCCUCACAGUGCUUAACUUCAUCCUUUGGUCUAACAAUAGCACGGGUGCCCUUCCCAUUUCCUUGUAUUUUGUACUCCUUUCUCUCUGGUUCUGCAUUUCAGUCCCACUUACCCUACUUGGAGGAUUCUUAGGAACACGAGCUGAGGCAAUUCAGUAUCCUGUGAGAACCAACCAGAUUCCAAGGGAAAUCCCUGCACGCAAAUAUCCAUCAUGGCUACUUGUUCUUGGUGCGGGGACCCUUCCAUUUGGAACCCUAUUCAUUGAACUGUUCUUCAUCCUUUCGAGCAUCUGGCUUGGGAGGUUCUAUUAUGUCUUUGGUUUCCUGCUGAUAGUUCUGCUUUUGCUGGUCAUCGUUUGUGCUGAAGUUUCAGUGGUUCUAACCUACAUGCAUCUCUGUGUUGAAGAUUGGAGGUGGUGGUGGAAGGCAUUCUUUGCUUCGGGUUCAGUUGCCCUUUAUGUGUUCCUGUACUCCAUCAAUUACUUGGUAUUUGAUCUGCAGAGUUUGAGUGGGCCUGUCUCAGCUAUACUUUAUCUUGGUUAUUCGCUUAUUAUGGCAGUUGCUAUCAUGUUGUCAACUGGCACCAUUGGGUUCCUUAUGUCUUUCUACUUUGUUCACUAUUUAUUCUCAUCCGUAAAGAUCGAUUAGAAUGAUAUCAUUGGUAUUCUUCAUCAACCGCCUGGAGAAGAAUCUCUACCUAGGAAGAAGUUUUUAUUGCUUAAAUCAUAUUAGCAUUUUACGUAGUUAAAUUUGAAAGAUGAUUGUAUCCUGGCAUAUUAGGAAGGCUGUUGGAUGAUCUGCGGCACAAACCCCUUCCCCUUCACUCCUCACUCCGCAAUAUUUUAUUUUUAUCCACUUUUUCACGUUUAGUUAGUGUUGAGCUCCUCUUGGAUGACGUGUUUCAUUUCAGUCAAAUUAUUCUAGAAAGGUUGUAAUUUGUUUGAACAUUCUAUCCUUGUAUUUUUGUUUUUUGUCAUAACUCAAAAAGAAAGGCCAAAUAGUCAAUUUCUUUGUUUAUCCAA